GGUCAGCUGUUCCAACUGAAGUCAGAGGGCUGACGGAGGAGCAGAUACAGCUUGAGGUGCAUUGUAAAGUAGAUUAGUGGAGUGACAUAAGGCCGCAUAGCUCGUAUUUUUGUUCCCACUGGUUGGAAAUAUGAACAUUGUAUUGAGGGUGAAUGGCUAUAUGAGACAGGUGUGAUGGUUCGCAGUCUUUAAUAAAAAAAGACGAAGGAGAAGCUGAGAUGGAAAACUGCGAUGGGGAGGACAUAAUAGAAACACCCGAGCUGCCGCUGGAGAUCAUAGUAUACAUCCUGAGCUUUCUUCACGUUUCAGACAGGAAGGAGGCCUCACUGGUGUGUCAGAGCUGGUACAAUGCCAGCCAGGACCACAGCUUUCAGAAGAGCGUCACCUUCUGCUUCCCAGCUUCAGCCUCGUCCCUGGAGCUCAUCAGGGGUCUGGGCACAAAGUCACGCUGCAGUCUGAUCAUCAGCCAGCUGGAUGGACACAGCAUGUCCAGAUCGCUGCUCCUGGAGGUGGGUCUGUGUUUGGGCUCUAAGUUGGAGAGCUUGGCCCUGCCUGGGAGCAGCAUCACAGAGGCCUCUCUGCUCACCCUCCUCCCUCGCCUCACCUCUCUCCGCAGGCUGGACCUCAGGGGCCUGGACAGCCUCUUCAUGUCCGGAGCGUUCCUCUCCCGGGAGGAGCACAGACAGCAGGUCAGUUCAGCUCUGUGUGGUCUGGAGGAGCUGGACCUGUCAGACCUGCGCUACCUCUCAGACCUCACCUUUAACCGGAUCACUGGCUGCACCCCUCGCCUUCGCCGCCUCUCGCUGGCCGGCUGUCACAUCGCCUUCGAGUUCGACCCGUACCGAGGCUGCCCCGUGGGAGCUGUGGAGGACUCGUCCGCAUUGCUGUCGCUGAGGAACUUGCGCAGGUUGUUAACCGAGCAGAAAUCCACCCUCAAGGCUCUGGACCUCAGCAGGACCUCCAUUACCCCCGAAUCUCUGCGAACUGUUGCACAGGUGCAGGAUUUAGUCUUAGAGGAGCUGUGUCUGCACGGCUGUAAGGAGCUGACGGACUACUCUGUGGAGAUUCUGGUGAAGCACCAGCCGAGCCUCCGGAUACUGGACAUCAGCGCCUGCAAAGAGCUGACCAACAGGUCUGUAGAGGCCAUAGCUCAGGGCCUGAAGUCGCUGACACACCUGUCCUUAUCCCACGACUGGAGGAUCACUGAAAAAGGCCUCGCUGACCUUGUGUCUGUGUCGACCCUGAGGAGUCUGGAUCUGUCCGAGUGUCUGCACGUCAGCGGCACAGAGAUAGUGAGAGGCCUGACGGGAUCCAGGGCGGCCCGAGCCCAGCUGGAGACGCUCAGCCUCAAAAGCUGCAUCUACAUCAGGGAUCUUGCAGUUUUCUCUCUCACCCAGCUUCUCGGGGACUCUCUCCGGGAGCUCGACUUGACGUCCUGUGUCAACGUCACCGACCUGUCAGUGCGCGCCAUCGCGACUUACCUGCAGAGGCUGGUCAUUCUACGGCUCGCCUGUUGUAAAGAAGUCACAGACUGGGGCCUGCUGGGCAUGGAGGAGACUGCCAAAUGUGAGCACGACCAGGAGACGGGAGACAAGGAGCCCAGGUUCACUCGGACCUUUGGCAACAUGGGCUUCUUCAAGCCCCCUCGUUUGUUGUUCUUGGAGAGACCAAAGCUGGUGACAAAUAAUGACCUGGAGCAGUUCAAGCAGCAGCCUGGGUCUUCACUGUUAGCACUCAGCAGGCUGCAGGAGCUGGACCUCUCCGCGUGCUCCAAACUCACCGACAGCAGCAUCACACAGGUGGUGCGUUUCCCGGACCUCCAGCGUCUGUCUCUCUCCAUGCUGCCAGAGAUCACUGAUACCAGCUUAGCGUCCGUAGCCUGGCACUGCCGCAGCCUCACCAGCCUCACACUCAGCCACUGCCCGGGGAUCAGCGACCGUGGAGUGGAACAGGCUGCGCCAUACCUCCACCGACUGCAUCAUCUCUACCUGUCCUGCUGUAAUAACAUCACUGACAGAUCCCUGUUCGUCCUGGUGCAGCACUGCAAGCGCCUGCGAACACUCGACAUCUCAAGGUGCAGAAACAUCUCCGUAACAACCGUCGACCUCCUUCAGUCACAGCUGCCCUUCUUGGAAAACGUCUACUACAAACUUAUCUGUGGUGCUGAUCCAAUCCAACCCUCACACUUUGACUGACAGUCCGAAUGUCCUCAAAGACUCUGCUGAACCUUUCCAGUAAAACGACCCUGCUGACCAAAGCCUGCUCUGGGGUUUCAUCUCUUGCACAUUUUUUUUAAUUAGAUUUAUUUUAGGGGCUUGUUUUGUCUUUAUUUUAGAGACAGAUCAGUGGAAACUGAAAUCAGGAGGAGCGACUGGGGAAUGACAUGAGGGAAAGGUGCAGCUGCUUCAAGGACUGCAGCCUCUUAAUGUCGGGCGCACGACAAACCCGCUAGCACAUAUCAGAAAUUUAUCCAAAGAAAUGAAGGAAGUGUAAAAUGUGGUCAGAUGCUACUUUGUGAAACUUGUCAGAAUUAUGUCACCCUUUCUAGGCUGGAUACACACCAGAUGAUUUCAAAUCUUGUCCGGAUUGAAAAACAUGGGAGACCACAGACAUAAGGAGAGCUUUCACAGAUUUUAUGUCGACCUGACUGCGAGAGCGCAGUAAUGAUUUCACAGACACGAGAUCUCACAGAAACUUGCAUCAUCAACUUUGUGUUGUUGCCAUAAUUCCACAAGCUGCUCUUCUUUUUCAAUAUUCGGCUCAGGUCAGUUGUGUUUAUGUUCGCUGCCAUGUUUGUGAGCUGUAAAGGUACGCAACAUCCGGUUGGUGACGCUUCCCGUUCUGCUCGCUCUCAUUGGCUAUUGCGGACGGAUACUCUGACUCGAUAGGGAGCAGUAUAAUAACCGUAAUGAUGCCACACACUUGAGGAUUAUUUGGACACAUAAUCAGUUGUGAGAAACUUUGAGUCGAGGCCAAAAUUGGGCGUAAAAUCGUCUAGUGGGCGCCCAGCCUUUAGAUUUAAAAAAGUCAGACAACACUGUAUGCACUCACUCCAUUUAAAGAUAUUUAUCUGUUCACUUCAAGAGGGAUAAAACCUUUGAAUUCAAUAUUUUUUGUUGCGUUUAUGUGGUGCAUCAUCACUUCAAAGUGAUGCGUUUCAGUUCAACCUGAAGAUGAAUCCUUCAAACUGAAACACUCAGCUGCAUCGAGAAGAAGACUCUCAUAUACUUUUCUCUUAAACAGACUUGAACUGCAGUAUUUGUAUUGUGAACCUACAAGGUACUUUAAUCUGAGUAAGAACAUCCACUAUAUCUCAAUAUGAUGACAGCAGCUGUCACGUAAUAAUUGUGUAUAUAUAGAAAUGUGUUUUCAAAUCUAAUAAUCUUAAACUUGAGUGUUUUAGCGUCAAACGUAAAUGGUGGAUUAUAUCUUUAUAAAACAUUCCAAUAUUA